ACAACUUGAGGAUCGACGCGGGGGACGACCUACAGUGGCUCUCGCGUCUAUCUUCUCUAACAUUCCUCCAAAUGAACUUUGUCAACCUCAGCACGGCCUCUCCCGAUUGGCUACGAGCCGUGAACCAGCUGCCCUCCCUGCAGCAACUCUAUCUGUCAGGCUGUGGUCUCACUGCCCUCCCCGACUCUCUUUCCCGCGUCAACCUCACGGCUCUCACCACCCUCGAUCUCCGUGGCAACUUCUUCAACUCCACCUUUCCCAGCUGGCUUUUUGAACUCCGUAGCCUCUCCUAUCUCGCGAUCAGCAAUUCUGAAUUGUAUGGCACCGUACCUGCCGGCUUUGGGAACUUGACUCGUCUCGCGCAGCUCGACCUCAGCGGCAACUCGCUUUCCGGUUCCAUACCUGUCGAUCUCUGGAGUUUGGCCAGUCUAACCACACUUGAUCUCAGCCAUAAUUCAUUUACGAGUCCCCUUCUACCUGAAAUCGGGAACACGACAAGUCUGUCGCAGCUAAACCUCGUUCAGUGCUUCCUCGUUGGUUCCAUCCCUGCCGAGAUUGGGCGCUUGACCAGUCUUACGGAAUUACGCCUCAGCGGCAAUUCACUUUCGGGUCGAAUCCCCGCCGAGAUUGGGAAUCUGUCCAGCGUAACGCAGCUCGACUUGGGUCAUAAUUCACUCUCCGGACUGAUACCGGUUGAGAUCGGCAAGCUUUCCAACCUAUCCGCCCUCGAUCUCUCCGAUAACUCCCUGGAGGGCACCAUGUCCGAACUCCAUUUCGUGAACCUAACCGAGUUGGUCGCCCUGUACGCUUACGCCAACCCUUUGACCAUCCGAUUCGACCACGACUGGGUGCCCCCUUUUCAACUUCAAUCCAUCAAAGUUGAUACCUGUGACUUGGGUCCCGCGUUUCCCAGGUGGCUCCGUUCUCAGGAAUUCCUCACUGAUAUUGAUCUGUCCAACACAAGCAUCGAAGACACACUGCCUGAUUGGUUUUGGAAUUCUUCUUCUUCCACCAUUAUGGACAUAAAUCUGUCCCACAAUAAGAUCGGUGGAGUUUUGCCGGCAUCCUUGGAGAGUAUGGCCACCUUGAUGCUCUUGAAUUUGAGCUCCAAUCUCUUUCGAGGUCGCAUUCCUGUUUUGCCACCAAACCUACAAGCGCUGGACUUGUCCAGCAAUUCUUUGUCGGGAUCGCUACCCUCGACCAUCUCAUCACAGUUGGGCUACCUGUUCCUCUCCCACAACUAUCUUCAUGGAAGCAUACCGUCGUCCUACGUCUGCGACCUGCAGCAACUUUAUGCCCUUGAUCUAUCCAACAAUCAAAUAUCAGGAGAAAUCCCCCGUUGUCGGCCGGAGGGAUCACAACUUUUGUUUGUCAAUCUGGCGAACAACAAGCUACGAGGAAAGAUUCCUGACUCCAUCGGAAACUUGGGCAACCUUCAGUUCCUUCACUUAAACAACAACAGCCUCUUCGGACGUAUUCCUUCGUCGCUGAAAAAUUGCAGUCGGCUGGCUGUCAUUGAUCUCGGCAACAACAAAUUCUCGGGAAGUAUUCCAGCGUGGAUCGGACAAAGUUUACGGAAUCUGCAAGUACUCCUACUGCGCUCAAAUAUGUUUUCGGGCCAUAUUCCUCUGCAACUUGGACGAUCUAGUAAUCUUCAAAUCAUCGAUCUCUCCAACAACAGACUAUCGGGAUCGGUACCGCACUCUUUCGGCAACUUCAGCGCGAUGAUCUCCGCGUCAAAGUCGAUGGCUUCUACGGUUUCGAACAUUAUGAAUUUUGUGUUAUCCUCUUUCGUGGCAAGCGAGAGUAUAUCUCUGGUUACCAAGGGCGAUGAGUUCAGCUUCUCCACCAUUCUCCGAUUUGUGAAAAGCAUAGAUCUUUCGAACAAUGAUCUGAGCGGAGUGAUUCCUCCGGAAAUCGGUUCUCUUUUUGCGCUUCAAACAUUGAAUUUGUCGAGAAAUAGUUUUGAAGGCAUGAUUCCGAAAACAAUGAGCGAUAUGAAGUCAUUGGAAACUCUGGACCUAUCAUUCAAUAAGUUAUCCGGAGUCAUUCCUCAAAGCUUUUCGGCGCUGAAUUCUCUGAGCCACUUGAAUCUGUCUUACAACAAUCUAUCGGGGGCGAUUCCAUCGGGGAAUCAACUUCAGACGCUGGAUGAUGCAUCCAUUUAUAUCGGAAAUGUCCAUCUCUGUGGGCCUCCGGUGACCAAGAGUUGCUCCGACGAUCCCAACGUCGAUUCGACGGAAGAGGAGUCCGAACAAGGAUCUCAUGUGCUGUCGUUUUACUUCGGUACCGGGCUCGGAUAUUUGGUCGGCAUAUGGAGUGUGUUCGUGGUCAUGCUGUUCAAGAAAGAUUGGAGGCUCUUCUAUUUUGCAACGGUGGACAAGAUGUACGACAAAGCGUAUGUGGCAGUCAAGAUAAGAAUGCGAAAUUGACAUGACGCAGCAAUCAAAGGAAGGCCGGUCGAAUGUGAUGCAAGUUUCUUCUGUGUUAUAAGCCUGAUUUACUCCACAUUUCGGGAAUCUAUCUCUUUCGAGGCCAUCA